AUAAAUAACAUGGGAUUGCCAGUCUAUAAAACUGCAUUACUACGUUCAUCUUAUCAUUUCAUUAUAUGGAGUUAGCCAUGUCGUCUUUACUAAAUACGUUUAUCCUUUUGAUAAUAGGGAAUUUAACUGCCAGCCUGACAAUCCCGUGUUCAGAACACGAUGAUUUAGAACAAUCAGAAAAAAUUGACAGUGACAAGCAACAAUGUUGUAAUGGUGUUAAACAGAUGAAACAACCGGGUACAAAAUGCUGUUACAGAAAGGCAACGUUCUAUUUUCCAACGCAUGAACUAUGUUGCGGAGGUCGAUUAUUAAAAAGAACAGAGGGGCGAUCCGAGUCGUGCUGUGAUGGUCAGAAAAUAGAUGAUGAAAUAAACAUUUGUUGCAACAACCAAAUUUUUAAAUUGGAACAAGGACUGAAACGCCAAGACGCAGCCUGCUGUGGUCAUAGACAGUUUGACAUGAAUAAGCAAUUCUGCUGUGAUUCUUUAAGUAAUAAAGUCAAAGGAAGUGGAUGCUGUAACGGAAGCGUUAUAGAUACUGCAUCUCGUUGGUGUGAUAUUAACGGUCGAGCACUGUAUAAAGACGAAAUGCCAUGUGGGGGUAAAACGAUAAAUCUUCGAACACAUUCGUGCUGCAGAGAUGUUAUCAAUGCUGUGGGUUAUUUGGAUCCGUAUAAUAUACUUAUUAAAGAUAAACAUCACGGUUGCUGUGGUACUGUUGCAUAUAAUGUUACAACGGAUCGAUGCUGUGAUUAUAAUCACACAAUACCUAAACAUACCCAGUUACAGUGUUGUGGUGCAGGGUAUUUUAAUGUAACAACUCAAUUAUGCUGUGGAGGCGUAGUGUAUGAGAAAAGGGACGGUUUAAAUCAUUGCUGUGGUGGAAAUCCCUUUAACAGUAAAACACAUGGAUGUUGUGGAAGUGGUCGUAUGUUUGAUACAAAAACACAAAAAUGCUGCCGUGGGUUAAAUUCUACAGUUCAAGAUAAAGCAGCGACGUGUUGUGGGUCUAAACAUUUGAACAACGAUUCAGUGUGCUGUCGCAAUGCGUUUCCUGUAAAAAAGAAUCACCUCGACGAGACCAAAUGUUGUGUUAGUAUGGACGCUUACGAAUUGAAAGGAGAACCUUAUAACAAUGAGCGACAGGGCUGUUACCACGGUAAUGUUUAUACGAAAGGAAAACAAAGGCCUUGUGGGAAAGAUUUUAUAGAUCCUACCACGCAUGUAUGUUGCGGCCUUACCAGUUAUAGAAUUCCGGAUGGAGAAAAACUGGCUUGUUGUGGUGUAGACUCUUAUAACAUCAACAAACAAUUAUGUUGCUUUGAUAGUUUAAAUAAUAUAUCACCCAAAGAAGGAAAAUGUUGCGGAUCUCAAGCCUAUCCAAAGGAACAACUUCCUGGACGCUGUGCGCCUCAAAUCACCCAUCACCCGACGACGACCCCGAUCCAGGUAUCAGAGGAUCUGAACCUUGAAAGCACAUCCAAUAGUAAAAGCAAGAUAGAGAUAGAAUUGGCGUCAAUCGUCUGUUUGACUAUCUUUACUGGUUUUAUACUAAACAUUAAUGACUAAACCACGUCCACAGCUAUAUAUGAAUGUUCACUUAAAUUUCAUGACACUAUUCAUUCCAAUUACCACAUUUUUACACUAAGUCAUGAUCAGAAAUACUUAUUUCAUCAGCUCUUAUAAAUACAUGUUAUUUAUUACCGUACAUAGGGCAGAAAGGAGAAAUGAAUCUUUUUGUAAUUAUUUGACACACGUCUCAGCACAGCUGUUUUUGCAAAAAAUUAAGACGUAAACCCCAUUUCAUUUUUCUCAGAAAAAAACAUCGAUUCAUAUAUCAGUUUAUUUAAACAUGUUAGACAUCAAACAUGAUUAGCCCACUGCCACCAUUUCAGACUGAUCUCUAUUCAAUAUGCUCAAAUGAAAACCCUUUGGUCUUCGCAAAGCCCCUGCAGUGUAAAACAGUCAUCUGCAAUUAUAGUAAAUGAGAGGCUUGUUGAAAGUUAUACACCCGAUCGACAUGUGAACAAUAUUUCUGAACAUAAAGAAUAAACGUAUAAUACUGGUUAAUAGAUGUAUAAUAUUUUAUAGACUGUAUUUUAAAAACCCCAAAACAUUUCAAGUUAAGGAAUGUGAGAGUAAACUCCACUGAGUUAAUAUUAUAAUAUGUGUUUUGUUUAGUGACAUAGAUGUUGAUUGUUAAAUUAAUGGGUGACGGAUCUUGAUUAAUGAAAUACUAAUUUUGUUAUUGUCAUAAUAAUGAAUUAAUUAAUGAAUUGCAUUUUAUUAUAUUGCUUUUUUAUAGCUGGUAAAAUGAUCUUUUUAUAUAUUAUAUACAUAAGAAAUAUCUAUUAUGUAUUUAUUUUGCGUAAAAAUACGACCGUAAAAAAUGAAAUAGAAAAUAGGUUGAAAAUGUUUAUUAAGUCAUUGUUAAUUAACCAUUAAUUAGUAGGUUGCUGUUCCAUCAAACUUCUGUAGUUGGCGAGUUGUGCUAGUCAUAUUUAAUUAUUAGCCUGUCAUAAAUGAUGUUGAUGCUUUUUAUAUCUUCUUUGUAAAAUGUUAUAUGGAUAUUUGUAUGCUGCCUCGUAUGGGGUGUUGAUACAAUAAAUCUAUCUAUCUAUCUAAUAACGGCAUUAACGUAAUAUAGAUGAAUUCCUCGAAAAUAAAAAUUCAAUGACCUCGCAAAAAUAUAUUUUUUUACUCAUUUUGUAACAUUCCGACCUCUGUAGUAGACAGUAAUUAAAGAAUUAAAGAGUAUAUAGUAUAAAUGUAUGUAACUUUUUAUAUUUUUAUUACUAAUUUCAUAUCAUUCCAGAGCUUUCAACAAAAAAAAUGUAAUGAGAUUUUAAAAAGGGUGUGGGACGCAUCCAUAUUUUUUUUUUAUUAUGUGUGGGGUUUUUGUUUUUGUAUAUUUUCCAUUUGACUGCAAUGAUAUGUAUAUGGUAAAGUAUAAUUUAAAUCCUGCUUAUCAAUAAUAAAGUUAUAAAUAAGAAAUUCAAUACAAUACCCCCACCCACUCAUUUUAUUUAUGUUAUAUAGAUAAUAAAAUACUUUAGU